CUCUGGAAAAGGUGAAAUAAAUACUAAUUAGUAGCUACUGUCAUCACGAAAUGUUACGUGGCAGCCUUAAAAAAAUAGCUAAUGUACUGAAAAAAAGACAAACAACAAUAAUUGCAAGAUGCAACUAUUCAUGGUCAUUAGUAGUUUGUUGAAUCUAAUAGGAUGUUUUGUCUUUGGAGAAGAAAUAUCUUUACGAGAGAAAUGGAAGAGUCAAAUAAAAAUUGGAUUAGCCGAUGGGAGGCAUCUUGUUGAUAUAUUUAGUACCGAGCCUAGGUCGAAGGUUUUCAAUCAAAUCAACUUGAUGACAAAUUUUAUAGGUACUGUUGAUAGUCUUGCUUCUUUCAUCCAGGAGUUUAAUCCUAAAACAGAACAAGAAAUUUUUAAAGAAUUGAAAAAAACAUUUACAGAUAUAAACAGAAAACUUGAAUUAACGAACGACAAGGGGUUUGGUAGAAAUUUUAGAGAAAUAUUUUUCGAACUAAGAAACAUUGAUUUUAGUUUUUUAAUCCUAAAUCGAUUUCUGGAGAAACUAGAAGAGAUAAAAUGUACAAGUCAAGAGGAUUGCAAAACAGGCAUGCAAUGGACUAUUAAGAUGUUUAAGAAUGAUUUUGAUAUCGAAGAAUACUAUUGGCAUAUCUUGAAGACAACUUUAAACGGAACAAGGUUUUCAAAGGUUUCCCUCAUUCAGCAACUGAACGAAACAUCAGGAUGUGACGAAAAUACAAUUUUGAGUUUCGGCACUAACUUACUAUUGAAAAUAUUCAAAACUCAGCAAAUCAUGGUUGUGUAUGGGAAGCUUGCUAAUAAAAACAUUAAUUCAAUAUCACAGAUACAUAAUUGGGCUCAGGACAUGUAUGAAUUCAGAAGCUCCUUACUAAGAGUUGUGCAAGAAUGUUCCUCAAAGAAGGUUUGUAAAGCUAAAUGUCAAAAUGGUAAAUGUGUCCACCUUUCAAAGGAAAACCGUGACAUGUGUUUUUGUCAAAAGAACUAUGACGGAGACAAUUGUCAAAUACAUAACCAAGUUAUCUUAGCAAAGGACACAGUAGCUAUCAUGUCAACCUUGAAUCAAGUCCCCAAGGUAAGGAAUAUUAUUGAUCUGAAAUUGGCAAAUAAUUAUCUAAUUGCAUCUAUGUCGUGUAUACGUUUUGCUUAUGAAAUAAUUCAAAAAGUAAGCAUUGGGGCUAUAAAGAAAGAUGUUUUGACGAUUUUUGAUCUUGGAUCCUUUUAUAAUACAUAUCUUAGCUUGAGCUACGUGAUCAAAGAUGCGAGAAAAUUAAUGACAUGUGAUAAAACUGUACAACCGGUGUACAUCAAAUCGAAGUUGAUGCGUACUGCGUAUCAUUUGCAUAAGGCUCUAUACAAAAUAGACUCGUACUUUCAUUAUCGACGACCUGACGAAAUAUUUCAACCAGAAUCAUUGCUGACCAGAUUCAUCAGUCGAAAUAAGAAUGAGGCUUGUACAUCCAAUUUCAAAGCAAAGAUAGACAAUUUAUGGCGACAGUUUCAUCUUGCACAGGCAAAUGGGUUUGCCGUCUUAUUACAAGUUCGGCAUGUUUUACGUAAACAUUCACCAAUUGUUUUAAGCUUAUUUGCACAGCGCGUAAAUGAACAGAUAAAAUUUGCAACGGAAUCGACUUGCAGUGCAUCAAUAAAACAUUCUCUAAAUGUGCAUUGUGAUCAAUUCCAUCUAGUAAAUAAUAUGGACAUUGAAAAUAAAUGCAUUAAGGGGUAUGCUCGCAAGGGUACUCGAUAUAUCAGAUGCAAACAUAUAACAUCUGAUUGUUUACCCUGCAAUUGUAACAAUACGGGAUCAGUAUCAACCAUAUGUAAUUCAGAAACUGGGCAGUGCCAUUGCCGAAAUAAUUUUCUUGGAAAGAAUUGUGAGAUUGAAAUAAAGCAAGACUGUAAAUUGAGUGAUUGGACACCUUGGUCUGCCUGUAGUAAAGCAUGUGGAACUGGAGGGAUGCAGAAUCGCUCUAGACACACAGUGCUUCCACAAAAGGGACAUGGAAAAAAAUGUCAAGGUGAUAAGGUGGAGAACAGAACAUGUUUCAAACGAUGUUGUGAUGGUACAUUUGAGUGUAAAGACAGUUCAAAAUGUUUCAUGGGAUUUAAAUGCCAACCUUGUAACUGUGACCACAGGGGAUCAAUCACUGGCAUAUGUCAACCUAUUAAUGGUGCAUGUUCAUGUAAACCAAAAUAUUACGGAAGUCGCUGCCAAGAAUUGAAACCAAAGGAUUGCUCAGGAUUAGAUAAAAAGGUGCAUACGAGUGGUGUUUAUAAGAUCUUCCCGGAUAGUGGUUCUGGUUUUAAAGUUUAUUGUGAUAUGGACACUGAUGGUGGUUAUUGGACUGUUUUCCAGCGUAGGCUGAAUGGAAAGACAGAUUUCUAUCGUGGUUGGAAGGAAUAUGAAAAUGGAUUUGGUGAACUGAGUGCGGAAUAUUGGUUAGGUAAUGCAAAAAUACAUCGUCUGACGUCAAGUGGAAAAUAUCAACUACGUAUAAAUUUAGAAGACUUCAGCGGAAACCAUGCAUAUGCUAAAUACAAAAACUUUUUAGUUGGUGACGCUUCAAGCAAAUACAAAUUGACAGUCAGUGGUUUUAGUGGAAAUGCAGGUGACAGUCUGGCCUAUCAUAACGGUAGGACAUUCAGUACAAAGGAUGACAAUAGAGAAACAUGCGCAGUAAACUAUAGGGGAGCUUGGUGGUAUGGUAGCUGUUAUCAUUCAAACCUAAAUGGUCAGUAUAAAGGAACAAAAGCAGCAGGAAUUUCUUGGUAUUAUUGGAAGUCAACAUAUGACAGUAUUAAAACAUCAACCAUGAUGAUACGCAUGGAAAAUGUGUAAAAGUAUCUCUUAUUUCACCCAAGUUAUUUUUGUGUGUUUUAUUUUAUAUUUGACAAUAUUAAAGCUGAAUUUGUUUUAUCACAUCUUCCUCUAGCACUUUUCACAAACCAGGAAGUAAAAACCCCAAAAAGGUUUUGAACUGACAAUAAAUAUUUUUAAAUUAAAAUUGUAAACUUUAUGGAUUUUAUUCACCAUUUUUUUUAAAAGCUUUUGAGUUGCCUCGACAAAAUCAUUUUUUUUUAAAGAAAUAUACAUUUGAAAGUCGGCAUUCAAAGUUUCUUUUAUUUUCAGUUUUACUACUGCAACUCGGUUUUGAGUUAACAGGCAAAUGAAUGUCUAUCAGGAAUAAAUAAUAAAUCUAUUUG